GUGUGUGCGUUCCACGGCUGCUGCUGAGGGUGUUGUGUGUGUAUGUGUGUGUGCGUGUGCGCGGCUGGGGAUCAUUGCGAAAGCGACCUGAUCAGACUUGUACAGUGUGUGUGAGCAACCCGACCCCGCUGCUUGCCUCUACCCAGAGCAAAAGAGAGAUGGGGACCCAACGCAUCGGGGGGAGGUGAACGCCAAAGGGGGGUCGGGGGGGAGGGGCAACAAGACAACACAUGCACAAACACAACCAGAGAUGGGACCCAUGUCUGCUGCACCUGGACCUGCUGCUGCCCAGGAAGAAACAACAAACAAGAAAAAAAGAAAUUGAAGAAAGAUUUUGGGGGAAGUGAAAAUCAUUCUUGAUCAUACUAAUAAUUUAAAAAGUCACUUCUCUGGUCCUCCCACCUGCCCCCCUCCCCAAAUAAAAAGGUCAGCAGAAGAAUUGGUCGUUGUUGUAAAGAGAUCCUAAGGAAGUCUGGGUUAAAAAAGAAACAGAAACACGCAUAUAGGGCUGGAUCGUGCACAGAGCGGCCAUCUCGGCUGGAAGCAAUUCUUUUGGGUUCGCAUCUAUGGAGUUACUUUGUAUCCACUCCUAAGAGGAGGGUGUCAUCUUCGGAUCCAGCAGGGGGGUUAUUUCCCCCCCCCCCUUCGCAAUGAUACCAGAUUGAUCGUGCAAAGGGGCUUUCCUGAUCGUUUCAAUCGCUGGAGCAUCCCCCCCGCCCCCUCUCCACACUCCUUUGUAACCUGAGGGACAGUCUCAACUCUUUGAGGACACUCUCCCGGCAAAGGCUACUUCCUACCGGUGGCUCGUGAGGCUGCUCCACGGCUGCUGAGUCCUGGUUCCUCUGCUCCAUGUCGAGAGGCUCACUUUCUGCUUCCUCUCUGGGUCUCCGUCUCAUAGGCAGAUGUUUCUUUACUCAGAUGGAAGAGAAACGACGAAAGUACUCAAUCAGCAGUGAUAACUCAGACACCACUGACAGUCAUACGACAUCAGUGUCAAGAUGCUCCAAAAUUCCAAAUACAAAAUCCAACUGGUCAAGACAGAAGGAGAAGAAGCCCUCUGAGGUUUUUCGUACCGAUCUGAUAACAGCCAUGAAAAUCCCUGACUCACAUCAGUUGAGUCCAGAUGAGUACUACAUACUUGCCGAUCCCUGGAGGCAGGAGUGGGAGAAAGGAGUCCAAGUUCCAGCGGGAGCAGAGGCGAUACCUGAACCAGUGAUUAGGAUUAUGCCCCUGCUAGAGGAGUCUCCUCCACAGGUUUCCCCAAGCAGUCUGUCUGUCUCUGAGAUUUCAGAGGUCCACAGGACGUGCUCACAGGGAGUGAUCCGCUACGACCUGGAUGAGAUUGACGCUUGCUGGCUGGAGCUUGUGAACAUGGAGUUCAGGGAGAUGGAAAAGCCACAACUGGAUGAGAUCACCUUGGAGAGAGUGCUGGAGGAGCUGGAGACGAUGUGCUACGAGAACAUGAACAUUGCCAUUGAGACGGAGGAGGGCCUGGGCAUUGAGUACGACGAGGACGUGGUGUGCGACGUGUGCCGGUCCCCGGAGGGAGAGGAUGGCAACGAGAUGGUUUUCUGUGACAAGUGCAAUGUCUGCGUGCACCAGGCUUGCUAUGGAAUCCUAAAAGUUCCCAUUGGGAACUGGCUUUGUCGAACCUGUGCCCUUGGAGUUCAGCCAAAGUGUCUACUUUGCCCGAAGAGAGGGGGAGCUUUGAAACCCACCCGGAGCGGGACAAAAUGGGUCCACGUUAGCUGUGCCUUAUGGAUCCCAGAAGUUAGCAUCGGAUGCCCGGAAAAAAUGGAACCCAUUACAAAGAUCUCGCAUAUCCCAGCAAGCAGAUGGGCUUUGUCCUGCAGUCUCUGCAAGGAGUGCACUGGAACAUGUAUUCAGUGUUCCAUGCCCGCCUGCAUCACUGCAUUCCACGUCACUUGCGCUUUUGACCACAAUCUGGACAUGCGGACUAUUUUAGCGGAGAAUGAUGAAGUGAAGUUCAAAUCCUUCUGCCUUGAGCACAGCAGUGGGGCCACCAAACCUCCGGACGAGGCACGAGCAGAGGCAGACCAAGCCCAGCUGGACUUGGAAAAGGUCACGCUGCGAAAACAGAAGCUCCAGCAGUUGGAAGAGGACUUCUAUGAACUUGUAAAGCCCUCCGAGGUAGCUGAGAACCUGGACUUAACUGAGUCGCUGGUGGAUUUCGUUUAUCAGUACUGGAAGCUGAAGAGGAAAGCGAAUUGCAACAAGCCACUGCUGACACCAAAAACAGAUGAAGUGGACAACUUGGCUCAGCAAGAGCAGGAUGUGUUGUACCGACGCUUAAAGCUCUUCACACAUCUCAGGCAAGACUUAGAGAGGCUAAAUAGGGAUGGAGCUGGUCAGUCCUUGGAUGGAAGACCUCCAAGGAAAUUCCAGGGAGCAGCAGAAGGUGGUGGUGCUUAUUUGGUUAGAAAUCUCUGCUACAUGGUGACAAGGCGGGAGAAAAUGAAACACUCCAUUUGCAAACUUCAGGAGCAGAUCUUCCAUCUCCAGAUGCAACUGAUCAAGAAAGAUCUUUAUCCAGAACAAACUGGGAAGAGAACAAAGGGAAAGAAAAGUGACCCCAAAAGAAAAGGAAGAGAUGACAGAAAAAGUAGUCCAGAGAAGAAAGAAAAAAGGAAACCAGGGAACGACUCAGUCUUGGGACAGCUGGGUUUGUCAACUUCCUUUCCCAUAGAUGGGACCUUCUUCAAUAGCUGGUUGGCCCAGUCAGUUCAGAUUACCACUGAGAACAUGGCAAUGAGUGAGUGGUCCUUGAACAAUGGACACCAUGAAGACAACACUCCAGGCCUUUCAGAGGAGCUUUUACAAGAUGAAGAGACCUUGUUAAGUUUUAUGAUGGAUCAUUCCUUGAAGUCACCAUUCAAGCAUAGUGAUGCGACAAAGAAAGUUAAAAACAAAAUGAGAAUGAACACUAAGAAAAAACUGUCAAGAAAUGACUUGAACACAAUCUUCAAGAGUCACCAAGAGGAGGAUUCAAAUCAGUGGACUAACAACACAAAUAACUUAUCAGAUGAUACCACAGAGCCCUUCACCCAUGAUGCAAGACCUAGCAAAUCAGAGAAAGGAGCGGCGAAACUUCACAUGGACCGCAAAGGGGCCAGCGAAAUAAAAAAGACAGCUAAGAAGGGAUCUUCACAUCCUGUUCCAGAAGCAAAUGAUUCUCAUGCCUCAUUGUGUCUGAGAAGCUCCUUAAGCAAUGAGGAGGAGACAGUGAAUUGUACUCAGUGUGAGUCCAGUUCUCUGACAAAAGUGCCUGACUCAGUAGGUAGUCCGAAAACGGUAGUGAGGUUCAAAUUACCAAAGGAAAGCAGAGGGACUAGGAGGUCACAGAUCCAGAAGCCUGACACCGUUAACGGGCCUCCAGUCAGUGAAAAGGCAAAGGUCAUCUUGCAUCAUUUUGACAAUGAGACUGAUGGCUACUUUUCUGAUGCAGAAAUGAGCGACUCCGACAUGGAAUCCGGAAGUGGCAGAGUGCAACAUAACCAAUUAGAUUCAGGAAAUGAGGAUAUUGUCAGAAUGAGUAUUUUGGCAUCGUAACUCCACCAGAUUUACCAACUGUGACAAUUCUAUGAAGCCUAAACCCAGUUACAACUGCCAUGUUCAAUUUUUGCCUGGUAUCAUAACAAAGGGGUUUUUUAAUAUGUAUAUAUAGUUUAAAAUUCAGCACUGUUGUCUUUCUCUUCUCUAUAUGCUUGAGAUACAGCUUAACCAUCACCAACAUAGAUUACUGUAACAAUAGUUGUCCCUUCUUAGUUAACUUGCAUAUCCCAGUUAAAAGAAAUGCAAGCAUGUGUAUUAAGGGACUUGUGCUUGCAGGCAAUGAGCAGGACAUCCUAGAUUCUUAAUAAAGAAGUUUAAUUUUGCCAGUAUCCGUUGUUUCUGCAGGGAUGACAGUUUUAUGGGCAUUAUUUAAAGACAGAUUUCAUGCUCUGCCUGGGAUUUUUGCCCCUGUUUGUCAGGGUAUUGGGGUACUAUGAGAACCACCUACACACACAACUUACUGAAAAAGUCACUGUCCGUGUGUGCGCACGCACACAAGGAAGUAAAAUAAGCUAUACUAAAAAAAAAAUUUUUUUUAAAAAAAGCACAAAGAGCUUAUUUGAAGAAAGCACUUAUGAGUGGAGGAAAACAACAUUCUAUUUAUAUUUUAUUAAAUCCUUUGUUUUUUCUCACCUUCCAGUUUGAUCAGAAUCCAUCCAGGGGCCAAGAACCAAGAUUUAGUCCUGCCACUACAUCAGUCAGAGAUAGUCGGCAGCACUGUAAACAGUCAUCAAAGGCUUUCAAUAGAUAGAAGAGAUGCAUAUCUGUGUUAGAGCUGCAGCGCUAUCUACAAAUAUUCCUCCUGAUUAGCUCUGGGUAUUUAUUGAUGUAAUGUAAACCUCGGAGGUCCUUUGAACCCUUUAAGGUUAUUUGAAAAUUUUAAGUGAUUUACUCAGGUUAAUUGAUUAGCCUUUACCAAAACAUUUGGGCCAAAAUGGAGCAGGAUGGAGAGGGGAAAAAUGUCUUCAAAAACUGGAGGGUUGUAAAAUAUCGGAUCAGUUUAUCAAAAGAGCUGAUGCCAGCACUUCAUCUUUAAUGGUUGGAAUUACAUUCAGCUGUGCUGGGAGCUGUACAUUCGAGCCCUGUGUGGGACUAUUUUUAAUUCUGGUUCCAUCCUGCCUGGCAACACCCACUCCCACUUGCUUCUGCUAUUAUGGCAGUGGAACCCCCGAGAUCCCAGUCCCACUGCAGGGUUCAGUACCAGUCCCGCGCAGGGCUCUAUUGUACGUGUAAACUCACCAUGCACAAGAGUGGACAGUUGGCCCUCAGUCUAAAUGCAAUGUCAUUUCCAGGAAAUUAAAUGAUUUGCCUUUAUCAUUUUUUUGUUCUACUAAAUACUGUAACUAAAACAGUAAAUGUAUCCCUCUCCAUCCUUCUUUUUAUUCUUUGAAUCCUAGUUACAAGCUGUUGACUUGAUGUAGGAGGGUGAUUCACAAAAGCUGACAUUAUAAAUAUUAUAAUAAUUUAAUGCAUAAAAUGUCCCCUAUAAGCCUUAAAUGUUGUUUAAAAGCCCAUGUUACCUAUGAGUCAGGCGAAUUUCCAUGUUUGCACUUGAAUGAACCAUUAUUUCAGUUUUGGCUUCAAAGGUCACAGUUAAAUCGUACUACAUGUUUUAUUGGAGUGACCCCAGUGUGAGCUCAGGGAACAAAAAACAAACAAACAAAAAAGGAAUUCACUGAAACUUUUUUCUGUUGUUUUUUAAAAAUAAAAAAAAACCUGGGACACUUCUGCAACUGGUAAAACCCAUCACUUUAAACAAAAAAACAGAUGAAUCAGUCAAAUAAUUUUGUGUAUGCCAAAGAAUAUUUUGACAAUAAAGCAGCACAGCCAGAAACCAGAAACUUGUCAUUUGGAAAAAUUGGAAGUUAUUUAGCAACAAAGGAGUAGAGACACAUUCAUGACACAAAACUGAGGUAUUUAGCUUCCAAGCUUGCUGAUGGGGAUGCUUCUGUCACUGAGGCUGCAUCCUGCUGUUUUGAUUUCUGAUGCUUUUUACUCAUUUGACUCUGAGCUUUCUUUAAAUUCUGUGACUCCGAAAAUUGACUAUCUUGGCGUUUUUAAAUCUUCAAAAGUCCUUAUCAAAUUAUUAUCAGACUGCAGUGAAAUUAAUUAGAUUGGCUAAUUCCAAAAAAUCAACUCUAAAACCAAACGUAUCUGGGUGUUUUCCUCAUUUGAUAAAUUUUAUAGAAAUUAUUAUCAAAAAAGAAGAAGAGAAAAAAAGGAACCACCUGAAAACUUUGUUAUAAAUUAGCAUAAGCCGCUGAGGUUGGAAACUAAAGUCUGCUCAUUAAUUAAGGCUCAGUAUGUUCAGAUAAUGUUAAAUACAGUAAAUAGGACUUAGUUUAUCUUAUCAGGCUUGCUAGCUUUAGCUACCGUAUCCUAGUAUAAGAGUCAUAACAAUAAUCAAUAUGCUGCCUUUUAAUGAAUCUUGCUUCCGUGUGCUUCACUUCAACUAUGGUAAAAAAAAAAACAGACACAAAUCUCACUGUUCACAGCUUCACUCAUUAGCUUCUGCAUUCCUUGCUUGCUCAGUACAGGAGAGCAAAAUGGGAUAGACUUUAAAGAACAACCAAAUGAAAGUGGCACCAUAUUUCUGUUGAUUCCAAUGCAGCACUGUGAUACACUCCAUUGUUACUGUGAUCAGGACGUUGUCCAAAACCAAAAAAGAAAAAAAAAAGUUCAAAACAGCCACAAGACUUUAGGCAUUGUGAUUUGUGAUCAGGGAAUAAAAUUGCACACAGAGGGGCCAAAUUUGGCCUGUUUGUAUGUAAAAUAAGAACAAGAGAAUGAGAGGAAACUAACAGAGAAGAGCUUAUCAGAAUUACUGGGAGAGAAGAAUCCAGAAGAGUAUUACCAGGCAGUGGCAGAACAUGUCUGGUAUACACACUCUAUUAGAGCACUCGGUACUGUAUGUAGAUGCUGAAUCCAUUGUCUUUUGGCUUGAGUUAACUUUUGAUAUUUUGUAUAUUUGCUGUGGGACUCAUUUGAGUGGAUUCUUCGAUUUAUUAGAACCAGUAAUAAUAAUCCCUCGAGUGUCCUGGUUUAACAGAAGAGCCCUAGAGAUAAUUUGAGGGCUAAGGCAUGUUCCAGCUGCACCCAUACUGCACCAUUGACGUCCAUGUACUGGUGCCCAUACGGUAUUCUACUCCAUACAUUUAGUGGGGGCCACACUGAAAUAGACUUACAGAGGCUGUUUUGUUCAAGAUGUCUAGGAAAUCUCCAGACCUCCACUGGCCGCCUGCUACUGCUUCCCAGAUCGUGAGAAUUGGCAGCAGGCUGGCUGGCUAACAAGGAAAGAGGUUAUCAGGGAAGAGGUGGUGGCUUCCAGCAGGGGAAAGGUAGGACAGAGACGUUCACUGUGGGCAGGAGGCCAGAUCUGACCCCAUCUCCAGUCAGGACCAACGCCAUUUCACAGCCAUUCCAGUGGCCCCACGAAAGCCCUGGAAACUUAGCUACUAUAUUCAGUCAUUAGACACCUGGUUCCUAAGAAACACUCCACACACCCUUUGUUCCUAUGCCACCUACUUAUUUCAUAACAGAAAUGUUAAUAAUUAAGGAAAGAAAAAUGUACAAGGAAAAUAUUUUUGAUGUUUUGUAAAUGUAUUUUGAAAUGAUUAGAAAGAAAAAAGUAUAAUGGUUUAUUUUAUUAAACAAAUGUCUUUAAGAUGAUAUAUAACUGCAGGAGUUGAUAUUUGCACUGUAAAAGGGACCUGUUUCCUUUGAAAAGCACCACCACACUUGUGGGUUAAUGUGAUGAUGCACGUAGGCUCUGAUCAACGCUCAUUUCUAAUUCAUAGAGAACAACCCAAAUUAGAGUUAAAGCAUUGGUGCCCGGUGGCGUUUUCUGAAGACAAUUCUGAGUUCACACAUUCAUUUUUCACCCCAUAUAAUUUUGCUCUUCUGGAUAAGCUGUAUUUGGGAUAUUUUGCACCUUUAUUUAUUUUUAUUUUUAAAUGUCUAAUAUUUGGAUGACACUUUCCCUCAAAGCACAAUAGAGAAUUACCCAUUUCAACACAAGGGCGAGAGAACAGAUUUCUCUCAUUUUUUGUAUUGUUAAUAUUUUCAUGAACUCAUCCUUGUGUUUUCCACAUCAGCCUAAGGACUAGCAACUCGUCAUAAAGGAACUUCUCUGUCUAUUGCCAGGGCAGUGUGUUAAUUUUGGUUGUUCUUUAAGGAAAUUCCCAUGUACUUUGCUCCAUUCCACACACGAGACAGACCCGCUUCACAUCAGUUACAGGAAACGAUAUGAAUGUCGCGGGAGGAGAAAUCCUUCUGUUUUCUUUGUUUCAAAGAACGUGAUGUGCCAUUUGUUAAUAUAAAAGAGAAAUAUUGAAAUAUAUUGAAAAGAACAAUUUUAAAUUAUUUUUGGCUUAUGUUGCAAUAUUUAUUUUCUCGUAUUAGAAAUUCCUUUGUAGAGAAAAAAUGUAUUUUUCAUUAAUGCAAAAACCUAUUUCUCCUUUUUGUACAUUUUCCAUGUUAGUUAAUCCUUAAAGCAAUAUAAUGUAUCAAACUUGUUCCGUGUGAGACUGUAUUAUGCAUGCUGUUUGUGUUGCCUUGCAAUAGCUCUGUCUGCCAUUCUUUUCAUCAUGUUUAGAUUUAGUGUAUGCUUUAAUACACAUUGGGACCAUGGCCCAUUGCUUAUGGAAAAAACUUUGCAUUCCUCAAUGUGUUGGCAAAUGCAGUCAAUAAAGCAGUGUUUUAUGUGUA